AUGGAAGGUGAAGAAAUAGACUAUUCUUUGAGGGAAACCAGACCGAACAUCGGCGGUGACCGAGUCUCCGGUAAAAAAAACCUUGCAUCUUCAUUCGAUCUCGUCGAGCAGAUGAAGUUCUUAUUUGUCAGAAUAGUUAGAGCUAGAGAUUUACCGCUGGAAACUCCCAAUGGAAUCAUGAAUCCUUAUGUCGAAAUAAAAAUCGGGAACUAUCGCGCGACGACAAAGUAUUUUGAGAAGAAACCGGAUUCCGAAUGGAACCAAGUUUUCUCCUUCGCAGUAUAUCGGUUGCAGGGUACAACCAUGGAGAUCAAUGUGAUCAAUGAGGAUGUGAUUGGUAAAAUCACCAUUUCUUUGCAUGAUGUUCCAACUUGUCUUCCCCCUGAUAGUCCCCUUGCCUCACAAUGGUAUAAAUUGGAGGAUAAUAAUGGUGUCAAUGUAGGGAAAGGUGAAUUGAUGUUGGCUAUCUGGUAUAGCACGCAAGCCGAUCGUGUGUUUUCCAAGGCUUGGCAUUCGGAUUCGGCGACUGUGAGCGGCAAAAGCCUUUCGAAUACUCAUUCGAAGGUGUAUCUUUCGCCGAAACUUUGGUACCUUCGAGUUAACGUAAUUCAAGCACAAGAUUUAGUUUUGGGUCACAAGGGUCGGAAUCCUGAAGUUUAUGUCAAGUCUGUUGUUGGGGAUGUGAUAUUGAGGACCAGAGUUUCCCCUGAUAAGAAUGUGAAUCCUAAAUGGAAUGAGGAUUUGAUGUUUGUUGUUGCCGAACCAUUUGUUGAUCCGUUAAUCAUAACGGUAGAAGAUAGGCUCGAAAAUAAUACAAUCCGACAUUUAGGGAAGUGCGUAAUUCACUUGUCGGAUGUCGAUCAGAGGCUGCUACCCUUACCGGCUGAUCCAAAGUGGUACAAUCUUGAAGACGUGUUUGAAGAUGGUGUGAGGAAAAAGGAUAAUUUCUUUAGUAAGCUUAACAUGAGGGUAAGUCUUGAUGGCGGAUAUCAUGUGUACGAUGAAUCCGUUCACUUUGGAAGCGAUUACCGGCCUACAGCGAAAGCGCUGUGGACGACUAUGAUCGGAGUUUUGGAGUUGGGGAUCAUAAACGCUACUGGUUUGCAGCCAAUGAAGGUUAGAGAUGGCCGUGAAACGACCGAUGCUUAUUGUGUGGCGAAAUACGGACCUAAGUGGGUAAAGACUCGUACAGUAGUCGACAGUUUCGAUCCGAAAUGGAAUGAACAAUAUACUUGGGAUGUUUAUGAUCCGUACACCAUGCUUACCAUAGGAAUUUUCGAUGACUGUCACUUGCAUGAUAGCGAUGUGGCCGGAGAUGGAAAAGAUCCGAGUAUCGGAAAGGUAAAGAUUCGACUCUCGACUCUGGAAAAGAACAAGAUUUACACAUAUUCUUUCCCGCUUUUGGUGUUACAGCCUAAUGGAGUAAAACGAACAGGAGAAAUUCAGUUAGCUGUAAGAUUUACUUGCACAUCUUACUUUAACCUAUUUCUGAUUUACACCAUGAAUCCUUUGUUGCCUCCAAUGCAUCAUAUUUAUCCGCUUUCGAUCUAUCAAGUCGACAAUUUACGUAAACAAGCUAUUCAUAUUCUCUGUUCGAGUCUAAGCCGGACCGAACCACCAUUAAGGAGCGAAGUUGUGGAGUACAUGUUGAACGGAGGUUCCACGACGUACAGUUUAAGGAAAGCCAAAGCUAAUUUUUCCAGAAUUUUGGCUACUUUAAAGUGCUUAUCAGAUGCUCGGAAAUGGUUCGACGAAAUCCGCAAGUGGGAGAAUCCGACAGCAACCGUUGCAGUCAUUGCAAUCUACUGCAUUAUAGUUCUUAAACCAGACUUGAUACUGCCAGCAGUGAUUCUGUAUAGUGUUCAAGCUAUGAUUUUCCAGUGGUGGAAGCGACCGAUGCAUCCGACACAUAUCGAGCAAUCCCUUCCCGUAACAGCCGACGAACUGGACGAAGAGUUUGACACUUUCCCGUCUUCGAGACAAUCUGAUGUUCUCCGGAUGAGAUACGACCGGCUUAGAAGCAUUGCGGGGAGAGUCGUGGGGGUGAUCGGUGACAUUGCAACACUGGCGGAGAGGUUUCACUCACUGCUAAACUGGCGAGACCCAAGAAUUACACCAAUCUUCCUUGUUUGUUGUGUUGUUGGAUCUUUGAUGUUAUAUUGUGUAAUCAGUCUUGAAGUUUUUCUUAUUUUUGUAGGAGUUUAUGCAAUGAGGCCUCCAUUGUUGGGAAAAGAUGUGUUAAAUGCUCCCCAGAAUUUCUUUAGUAGGUUGCCUACAAAAGCAGAUUAUACGUUAUGA